AUGUCCAGUGAAUCGAGGCCACCUUUUCCCCCUUUCACGAAGGAGACCGCCAACAAAAAGGUCAAGGCGGCCCAAGAUGCUUGGAAUACAAAGGACCCAGCUACCGUGAAGCUAGCAUACACCCCAGACUCCAUCUGGCGCAACCGAGACCAGUUCUUCCAGGGCCGAGACGCGAUCGAGAAGUUCCUGACCGAGAAGUGGUCCGUGGAGAAUGGAUACCGGCUGAGGAAGGAGCUCUUUGCUUUCACGGAGAACAAGAUUGCCGUCCAAUUUUGGUACGAGUGGCACGACAAGACUGGCCAGUGGUGGAGGUCGUACGGUCUCGAGGACUGGACCUUUGCGGAUAACGGCCUGAUGAGGAAGAGGCAGAACAGCACGAACGACGUCAAGAUCAGCGAGGAGGAGAGGUGGUUCAAGGACGGAGUGGAUGUGAACACUGUGGACAUCAGUGAGAAGCACUGGUAA